UCAAACUCCAUUUCUUCGUAUUUACACUCGCGCAAUAAGUGCAGGCAUAACUCAUCCCCCGAGUGUUUAUUGGCACAGAACUUAAUACAACAACGACUUUCAAGAAAGACACCACCGAGAAGUGAACUGAAGUGAUUCUGAUAUCAAAGCAAGUCAGAAGGCUCUUCCCUGCCUAGCUAAAUGUCACGCACUGGAGGAUGAAAAUGGAUGAAUCAGAGCUGGAGGAGCUGUCUGCCACUGUAUAUGAUAUCCUGCGAACACUAAGAGAUCCAGAGAAGGAUGCCACUUUGGAGGACCUAAAUGUCAUUCAGGAGGACAGGGUCAAGGUUGAAAAAUUCAGUGAAGACAAGUUUCUUGUAAAGGUGGAGUUUGUUCCAACAGUGCCUCACUGCUCCUUGGCCACACUUAUUGGCCUUUGCAUCCGACAGAAAUUACAACAGUGUCUACCUUAUCCCUGUAAAGUUGACAUUAAUAUUGCCCCAGGCACUCACACUACAGAGGAAGAUGUGAACAAACAAAUAAAUGACAAGGAACGAGUGGCUGCUGCUCUUGAGAACCCAAACCUCAUGCAAGUAGUUGAGAAGUGCCUGGUAGAGAAAGACUACUAAUUCAAGAUCACAUCUGUAGCAGAUAACUGUGCUGUUUA